CAGUUACUCCCCCGUUUUCAUCACGAAGUACAAAUACAAACGCAGUGCCGGCCGCCGGGGGGAAGGGGUUCAGGCGACCGGAGAUUGAUUUGAUUAAAAAUGUGGGGGCAAAAGAUGGCCGCUCAAGCUGCAAACGAAUAGGGCAGCGAGCAACCAUGGAAGCCUCCUAUCUUUACUGUGAGCCCAUCACACUGACGUGUGCCACAAUUGAAACCUUUUCUCGUGGAAUACCACGCCACCGCUACCUCAAGAGGUAAAGCGCUCGGCCUUGGGCUCUGCUUGCUUCUCUUCUCCCCCAUUGCCCCUGCUUUUAUAGCAAUCUGCUAGGGUUUACUCUUCACUGUUUCCCAUUUACUUAAACGACGCCGUAGUUUUGAUUCCCCCGUUCCCAUUUCCAUUACGAUCGGCGUGUGGAUAGCUCGUCCAAGUUCAAGGAAAUUAGGCUUGUAGCUGAAGAAAAUACAGGAAUGGAAAGAGUUCGAUUCAAUCUCAACAACGUGAGGUUAAUCGUCGGUCGUCGGCAGCUCCAUGGAUCAUGCAGUUCGGAUGUGAAGCGGCCGCGGCGGCAGCAACCUACUCUACCAAAGUCAUUACCGAUUCCCGACCUUCAUAAUCCGUACUUGCAUCAAAGUCCUAAUCCUCCUGAAGCUAAGUACUCGCAGCAGGAGUUCGCUACGCUCUGUAGUCUUCUCAGAGAGUCCAAUCUCUGUCCCGGUUCUUCCCUCCAGAAUGCUUUGGACGGGACAGGAAUCGAGCCGGAGCAGCCUGGUCUGUUGGAGGCGGUAUUUGAGAAAUUCGAUUCGUCUCCUAGAUUGCUCUACUCGGUGUUUUUAUGGGCUGAGAAGAGACCGGGGUUUCGGUGCUCUGAGGCGCUGUUCAAUUCGAUGAUUAACACACUUGGCAAAGCGAGGGAAUUCGACACUGCGUGGUCUCUGGUUCUUGAUACAAGUGGUGGAGAUGAAGCCCUUCAUUUGGUUUCCGGUGAUACAUUUGCCAUUCUCAUCAGAAGGUAUGCUCGUGCAGGAUUACCUGAAGCUGCAAUCAGGACCUACGAGUAUGUGAGAAAUUUAGACUUGCUUGGCAAGCCAGAUGCUGGAAUUCGCUUGCUUGAGAUUUUGUUAGAUUCUCUUUGCAAGGAAGGGCAUGUUCAGGCAGCUGCAGAGUAUUUCCGGAGUAAAAAGAAGACAGAACCUUGCUGGGUUCCCACAAUUCGUGUAUAUAAUAUACUUUUAAAUGGAUGGUUUAGGUCCAGAAAGCUUAAACAAGCAGAGAGGCUUUGGUUUGAGAUGAAGAAGAAUGACGAAGUGAAACCGAAUGUUGUGACCUAUGGUACUCUUGUAGAAGGAUAUUGCAGAAUGCGACGUGUUGAGAUUGCACUUGAGUUGGUGGAUGAAAUGAGAAGAAAAGAAAUCAAGCCGAAUGCUAUUACAUACAAUCCAAUUAUUGAUGCACUAGCUGAAGCUGGCAGGUUUAAGGAGGCUUCUGGGAUGAUGGAGCACUUCUUACUGUGCGAGACAGGCCCUACUCUCCCCACAUAUAAUGCUUUGGUUAAGGGAUACUGCAAAGCUGGGGAUCUUGUAGCCGCCAGUAAGAUUCUUAGAGCCAUGAUCGAUAGGCGAUUCAUUCCUACUUCCACAACAUAUAACUAUUUCUUCAGGCAUUUUGCAAAAUUCCGAAAAGUUGAGGAGGCAAUGAACCUGUAUACGAAGAUGAUUGAUUCUGGAUAUGCCCCUGAUCAUCUCACCUACAAUCUCUUGUUGAAGAUGUUGUGUGAGGACGAGAGGUUAGACUUAGCUGCUCGGAUUAGUAAGGAGAUGGAAGUGAGAGGAUGUGAUAUGGAUUUGGCUACUAGCACAAUGUUGACUCAUUUACUAUGUAAGUUGCACAGAUUUGAAGAAGCAGUUGCAGAGUUUGAGAAGAUGUUGAGGAAGGGUUUAGUCCCUCAGUUCCUUACUUUCAAACGAUUGCAUGACGAGUUAAGCAAGCGAGGGAUGAAUAAGAUGGCUCAGAAACUAAGGACCAUGAUGUCUUCGGUCCCUCAUUCCACAAAACUACCCAAUACUUACGACGGUGAUGGAGAUUCAUCGCGAUACGCAAGGAGGAAAUCUAUUUUGCGGAAGGCAGAAGCUAUGUCUGAGAUUCUGAAGACGUGCAGCAACCCAAGAGAGCUUGUUAAGGGUAGAGGUCUGAAUCCUAAUCCUCUAUCGAGUGCUCAUCAGUUGAUGAUGGACAUAAAAGGAAGAGCCAACUGAAAUGAGGAAUAAUGAAGUAUUAGAGGGUUAAUUCUCUAUUCUGCAUUCAUUUUACACUGCUCUGAGCGUCAUAUGUGCAUGAAUUAUAGCUCAUGCCAAAGGAGUUGGGGCACUGAAGAAAUGGUCUCUUGAUUGAGUUUAGAAGAAAGGUUCUGCCCGUGGCGCCAAGUUCACUGUUUGCCCAUUUGUUUAUUUUCAUGGAGGAGAUCUCAAAGUUGGGAGCCUUGACACAAGUUGUUGGUCCACGAAAGAGAAUAUUUUGAGGGUGCAGAAACACCAACCGUAUAACAGUGUUAAAAAUUCUUGCUUCAACUCCAGAUUGUGAUGGCUGGAAGUGGGUCCCCAACUGCUGCUGGAGGAAAAAAAGGGGAGCGAAGAGGGAAUAAUGAGUAUCAUUCAGAUUCUGAAGCACGAGAUGAUGUUUGCGGCGUGGACGGUGGCUGUGGUGAUGGCGUUGACGGACAGGAAUCAACGGCUGGACUGACGUCCGGAAUGGAGAUGCCAUGGUGAUGAUGGCGCAGCAGCAGUCUAAAGCUAGCAGCAAUGCCAAUCUUCCGCACGACAUUUCAUUGAGUACCCAACAGCAGCAGAAGGAAGCGAAGGCGGCGGCAAUGUUUCAUGGCUUUCUUGGUAUGAAGCCAAGCAGUAGUAGUAUUAGUAAUAGUAACGAUAAAAGAAGCAAAAACAACAAUGAAGCCUCUGCAGUUUUGGCCUCCUCUAGAAACGCAUCUGCCUCCUCAUCUGCUUCUCAAUCUAUUGUGGCUUCCUUUGCUGGCGCCGGCAUUGCUAUUCCCGGUGGCCGUGGUGGGGGAGGCCUCCUUUCCACCGCUUCUGAUCUCGCCAGUGAAAGACAGGUUCCAAAUCAUCUAGAAGGGAUUCCAUAUUAUGUGCCAAGAAGUGAUCUUUCUGUAGCAGGAAGUAAAAGAAGCAACUUGGAUUCUGCCUUUAUUGCAAGGGACGGAGUUACACAAAUCAUUGGCCCUGACUCCUCUGAAAGCCUGCAUUUGAUGAAGAUGUUGAGAAAGGCAGGUCCAGGAGAGAGACCUAAAAGGUCCGCAGAUGAUGAUCAGGGCUUGUUUGGUGUGCAGUCAAGGCCUAGUUCAGCCUCACUUAUAUUGCAACCUUCUACUACUGGGAGUAGGCUCGAUCCUAACAAGUGGGAAAGAUCUGCGGUGCAAUAUCCUCGUCGUGGGAGUCAUCAUGUUCCUUUUACUCACCAACUCAGUGCAAGCAGAUUUGGAGGGGAAGCCACUGCUGCUGGUGUAUCAAGUAUUUCUCAGGCAGCAGCUGCGGACGAAGGAUCCAGAACUAGCAUCAAAGGUCCUGGAGUGUUGAGCUCCAUCAAUUGUGGCGCUGGUAAUUCAGAAAGAACUACUGCGGCUGUCCAGGCGAGUGAUAGCAAACCCAGGCCUGGUACUCACAUUUUAGAACCAGAAGCUUCAACUCAUUCAAGUUGCCAGGUUCCAGCAUCUGCAAGUCGGCAAAUGACCAUAUUCUAUGGUGGUCAAGCGCAUGUAUUUGAUGAUGUUCACUCUAACAAGGCAGAUGUUAUAAUGGCGCUGGCUGGAUCAAACGGGAUUUCAUGGUCCACGACUUACACGCCAAAGCCUACCCUUACUACAAGAGCAAGUGGUGGAGGGAAAACUUCCGUGGGGAGCGUUGGAGAGUACGACACAAGUGAUGCAGGAAUCAAUGGCGCGUUAUCGGAGCGUGAGCUCCGAAGAAGGCUGCCAGUCGUCGGUAGUUCCAUACCUACUGGGGUGCCCUCUAGUGACCAGAUGAUAAUACGACCAACAGGUGAGGAUUGAGAGUACACAGAGUACCCCCACUGAAAAUUGAAUACCUUGACCUUGAUCCGUUAAUUAAAAAGUAAUGGAUGCUGCAUUGUGCAAUGGAUGUUCUUAGGCGGUCAUCAUCGUGAGUGCGGCGGUGUUGUAUUGGGAAGUGGUAAAGACUAAAGAGACGAGAGACCAAGAGCUCAAGGGAGAAGGGAGUGCAGAAAGAAGAGGUGUUUGAUGUUUUUCUGAAUUGGUGUAGAAGAAAUAAGUUGUCGCUGCUGUUGCUGAAGAAGGGCGGUGAGUAAUGGUCAAGGGUUGUUGUAAAUGUAAAGUAAAAUGAAAUGUCAUGUCUUGUUUUAUGGGAGAAAAAAGGGCUUGUUUUUCAUUUUGUACUCUUAUUGCUAUACUAUUUUUACGGAUGCUCAUGCUUCCGUGUUGUCUUUCUUAUGUCAUAUGCGAAUGCGACCAAUCCUAUAUUCCCUUUUCAAUUUUUUUUUUUACAAAGGGGAUUUUAUUGCAUUUCAAACUGAUCAGUUACAAAGAGGGAGAACGAACCAACAAUCUGGUUCCAACAAGAGGAAGCCCAAAGGCAUCCGGUUACAAACAAAGUUGUGUAAGACAAAAUGCAGCAACAGAGAACAAAACACAGUCUGCAAAGCAACCAUUCGGAAAGAGCAAAACCCUUGACCGAAAACAGAUCAUCAAGAAUCUCUCUUGUAAACAACCAAUCAAAGUGCAACAAAACCAAAAUCGCCGCCUCCUGGGGAAAACUCAAAGGCAU